CAACUAAGAAAAGCAACAUGCACAAAGCGAUCGUUUUGGAUCUUGUUGUUGUUCAAGAAAAUUUGCUCUGGAAAUCGAAUAUUCACCGCGGCAAGGUCUGCUCUGCAUGGGGUCAAGAACCAAAGGGAAUUCCAUUUCAAAUUUCUUUUUCCAGGUCCUGCCAGCGGGACAAGUUCCCAUACGUAUUUAGUCAUUCGGAUUUAUUGUGAAGAAGAUCUACAUUGAUUUGUGCAUCUGUUCUUCCCGAACUUCAACCUAUAGAGAAUAGGUCUACUUGAAAACUGUGUGUUUUUUCCUCGCGAACGCGACAAUUAGCACCGAGACGCACCAUGCACUAGUACGCGGCCCCCGCAUGAUAAAAAGUUGAGAUAAAUCGUAGCAGAAGCUAUCGAAGCGACAAAAUAUUAAUUUAAAGAUAAACACGUGACAAGCUUGUGUUUCUCUUUCUCUUUGACUUUUUUCUUUGCAAUCAAGGAACAAAACACAAUAAAGAAUGGCAACAACAUCCGCACCAGUCGCAGUCGCCGACCAGGACAUGCGCGACGCGGACGAUGAGCGCGACGGCAGCACGACCACCUCCCAAUGCAAGAAGCCCUCUGCACCUCCGCCGACUUUCUCCCGGCGAUUCCACCUGAAGCGGAAGCAGAUGUUUUACCCCAUGUACGCCGUGAAGAACGGGACCGAGCCGAUCGUGCAAGCGGACGAGAAGCGACCCCACUUUCUGCCCGCACGCACCACGGAAAAAUUUCUGGAAGCCAACGCGCGGUUCUGCCGGCAAUACGGGCAAAAGAACAAGAGGAGAAGAACCACCGUCCGGGAGCAGCACGACGAAUAUUCUGAAGCGUCGUUGACGGUAACGUCGUGUUCCUCCGGGGCCUCCGACUCCAGUGCCUCCGACUGGGAGAACGAAAAAUUCGACAAAACGGUGAUCAGCAAGGCGAAAUUAAUUCACCAGAAGGACCGACCCUGGCGGUGCUACUGGGACUUGUCCCAGUGGGAAGACAAUGAGGCGAGCUUUACCAACUUGUUUCUCGGAGGUGCUGGUAGCAACAAAAAUGUGCCCGUCGGGAGGCAGAGCGCAUUCAGUAAACAAAUGAGCAAUGGAAUUGCUAACGGAAAUAACGGUGCGGCUAUGCACCAAAGUAGUGGAUCACCAGCCGCGUCUUCUGCGACUGUCAACGGCCAUCUUCAAGUUGGAGAAAAGGCAGACGUCGACAUGGCUCUCAGCUCAUCCUCCACGUCUGCAUCUUCUUCUUCGGCCGAUAAUGCAACAAGAGCGACCAAAGUCUCCGCUUCCGUCCAGUCUGUGAACAACAAAGACAACAAGAAAACGUUCUUCGAUCUGAUGGACGGGCACAAGCGGCACCGGAAGUUUGUCGUGUGCCGCAACUUCAUGACGGGAGAGGAAAUCAAAAGGAUAGACAAGGCGUUCGAAAACUGGAGCACGGCGGAGAUUAAGGACCGAAAGCAGAACUUGAAGUACAAGCACGUGGCGUAUCGGUGCGAGCUGGAGCUGAAAUACCUAGAACCGGAGCUCUACGGAAGAAUCCUCGAAUGCGUCCACUUAGUGGAUGACACCUUGUGGCAGAAAAUGCCGCGGUGCACGUACCCAGAACUGGAAUACAUCGUCUACGACACCAGAAGGCCGGUGCGGAAAAAAGCAGUUUUGGAGGAAGAACAACGGGCGAAGGCGCAGCUGACCACGUUCAAUGUAGAAGAUGAGGAGGACUCGUCGGACGAAGACACAGCGAAUAAGAACGGCAAGAGAAAAAGCACAGCGAAUAAUACGACAAAUAAGCCGGCGGGUGCAGCCGCUAGUACAACAACGACCUACAAGUACCAGCCUUGCCACACCGAGGAAGCGUCCGCGAUCGCGAACAAGUGGAAGUACCACAGCAGCUGCGUGCAGAAAGCGGGCGAGAGCGGGGCGAACAGCUACGUGGCGCGCGGAGAACGCAGGCCGAAGGAUGGAAGUUGUGGGGCAAAGCGUCCGGAGCUUCCGGACGACCCGGAGGGGGAAGAGGACGGUAUACAUAGUUAUGUUAAUCUUCGAGGGUAUUAUACUCUUGGAAUUUACACAAGAAAAACUGACGAACAGAAUAAAAUGAAGCUGCAUGAUUUUGAUUGAUUCCUCCCAUGUUUUGACACGACGCGACGAGCGAGUCGGGUUACUUUGUUGAAAAUACACAAAAACUCUGAAUUUCCGCAUAAUUGCAAAACAAAAGCUACCAACACUGGCUACAUCGAGGAGCACGUGGAUAACGACUCUGUGAUCACUUUCAUCCUCAUGCUCACCCAGCCCGGCGUAGACUACGUGGGCGGCCGCAACAACUUUGCCCGCGGGGAAAAGCACGCGGUGCGCAGGCAAGUCCAGCUGCAGAAGGGCGAUUUGGUGCUUUUUCGCGGGGAGAGACUCCGACACAGCAUCACGCCGGUUACGCACGGCUGCAGGAUCAUCCUGCAGGGCGAGUUCAGUAAGACUUGAGGAUGAAGGGGUGGUGCUUCGUGGUUUGGCCGAGUUGCAAGAAAGAACUACAUGCCACGAAAAAAACAAUGAAUCGAUACUAGAUUCAAUACUGGUGCAUCGACGACUGACCAUGCUAUUACGCAGAAAUAAAGCUUGCGACUUACAACAAUUUUUCUCGUUCCAGG